CCGGCCGCCGCCCCGCCCUGCCCGCGCCUGCGGGGGCGGGACCGCGCUGCCCCUCGCCGGCGCCGCAUGGAGGAUGAGGGCCGCGGAGCCGUGGGGAGCCGGCCGGUGGUGUCCGGCCGCUUCGUGCGGUGUCUUUACGCCGUGGGCUUCCUGGAUUUAUUUGGUGUGAGCAUGGUUGUUCCUUUACUGAACUUUCACAUCAAAUCUCUAGGGGCAGGUCCUACGGUUGCUGGAAUAGUAGGCUCUCUCUAUGGUGUAAUGCAGCUCUUUUCAAGCACAUUUGUGGGCUGCUGGAGCGAUAUAGUAGGAAGACGGUACUCCCUGCUUGCUUGCAUUCUUCUCAGUGCACUGGGUUACUUCCUUCUUGGAACAUCCACCACAGUAUUUCUGUUUGCCAUUUCUAGGAUCCCUGUAGGUAUUUUCAAACACACACUCUCCAUUUCUAAAGCCCUGCUUUCUGACUCUGUUUCUGAGAGAGACCGUCCUCUAGUAAUAGGACGCUUCAAUGCGGCCUCUAGUGUGGGCUUCAUACUGGGGCCUGUGGUUGGUGGCUGCUUUACAGAGCUGGAAGACGGCUUUUAUCAAACAUCUUUAAUCUGCGCCUCUGUCUUCAUUCUGAAUGCUGGUCUUGUCUGGAUGUUACCAUGGAGUGAAGAAAACACAAGCGGUAGUGAGGGUGAGCAAGGCACCAAUAGCAACAAAGUUACAGACGAUUUCUCAGCAAAAGCAAAUCAGGACCUGCAGUUCAAAUCAGUAGCUAUUGGAUCUAUGGCAAGUGUUAGUCCUCUCCAGUCUUCAUGGAUCCAAACUGCAAUGGUGUUGAAGAGGAUUAAAGUCGUUGCAUGCUCUGAUUUGUGGGAUAUAUUUCUAGUACGGUUACUAAUGUCUGUUGCUAUACUGCUAUACUACAGUAACUUUGGUCUGGCCUUGGAGGAGAGAUUUGGGGUGAAACCCAAGUUCACUGGAUACCUACUAAGCUAUAGUAGUACUCUUGGAGCCCUGGCUGGUUGUCUGCUUGAGCCGAUAACAAGACUGUACCAGCACAACACUUACACAAUUUUGUUGCAUUCCAGCAUUCUUACCUGCACACUGAUUCUUCUGUAUUCAUCAGCACUUCACGUAUGGACAGUCAUUUUUUCUUCCACAUUCUUAGCUUUUUCAACUACUGUAGGCCGUACUUGUAUCACUGAUCUUGAAUUGAGCCUUGGUGGGAAUGAGGCCAGUGGUAUGGUCCUAGGUGUUGGACAGUCCGUGACAUCAGUGGGACGUGUAGUUGCCCCGCUCCUUUCAGGAAUUGCUCAGGAGUUCAGUCCUUGUGGCCCUCCAAGUCUGGGGGCUGGACUAGCUUUAGUAGCUAUUCUGAUAAUGAACAUGAACAAAACAAAAUACUGUGGUAAAAGAAACGUUAAAUUAAAAACUCAGUAGCCGCAAAUUUGGAUUGAGUGGAGUAUCUUAAAGGAAAGACAAAGUGAAUUAAAGAACCUGGGAUAAUGCUUACACCUGCCAGACCCAUACAGUAGUAACAGGAUACUUUAAGAGGGCACAUUAUGUGUUCAGAUGGAGGCACAUACAUAUAAAUGUCUUCUACAGGGUUGUUACUCUGGACAGUUCUUUCUGAACUGCUGCCACUGGAACCCUUGUGAGAGAGACAGAUUAUUAAUAUAUAGUGUUGGCUGUGUGUGUGUUUUUUUUUUUUUUUAAGGAUUUUUAACCUUUUGGAGGAAAAAAAAUGAUACGAAAUAGACAAAUCCUUCUUGCAGCUCACAUUUGAAGCAAUGUUUACAUUAAUAGGUUCAGACAUGAAGCAGCUGAUUUUUAUUAUUUAAUCAGAGGUGUAGUUUUAUUACUUAAUCAGAAGGAGAAUUUGCAGUAUAUCUUGUUAGCCUUUAUUCCUUAUGCUGUUGUGAAUAAGCCCUUGGUCUGCUGUGAGAGUGGCAUAAUUAACAGGAUGUUUCCAUAUAUGAUGUUGUGAAGCCUGCUUUGCCUAUAAUACUUACUGUACAGCAUGAUUAGGUACUUUAGAGCAGCCAUCUGAUCCCUGCUGAUUCUUUCCCAGAAAACAGAAUUGAGUAUAUGCUAACUUCAUAUAUUGGCUGGCCUAAAAUAGUUUUAAAAUAAUAUGGGGUUUUCAGGCUGAAACUGAGAAGGUAAACUUUAUUGAAAGUCGCACUAGUGAUUUCUGUAUUAAUCAUAAUUUCUGGAUAACUUUAUCAUAAAUAUUUUUUAAUGUUUCCUGAGCAAUUUUUCUACCUUCAUUUUAAAAAUAAAUUUCCUUCUUAAUUUUUGUGCCUGACUGUUAAAGGUAUGCUGGAGCAAAUAGCAGUAGUUUAAAGGGGGCUUUGGACUAAUAUGUUCUCUUUCAUCUUUGGAGGCAUAAAUGACAUUUUAGUGACAAGAGAAAAACUGUUUAUUUGUUGGUAUUUUAGUCCUCACUUCUAUGGAUGGCUUAACUAAUGAAAGAUUACUCACAGAACUACAGUGAGAGUUGUAGCACUGGCUGGUUGCUAUUUGUUGUGCAAUCCCAUAUUACUCAGCAGUCAUCACCAUUUGGCAUUUAAUUUGAAACACACAGUAUAUUUUGCAAUAGUAACAUCAGUCCCAUGUGCUUUUCCUAGCAUUACUUGAUGAAAGUAGAAAGUCAGCUGUGCAGAAUGUUAUUUUUUGGUAAAAGCAGGGUAGUUACCUCCCUGAAGAGGUGUGCAAAUAAUGUUGCUGCUUCAGGAGAGCCAUAGUUGUUUUGCAGUUUUUAUUUUAUUUUCUUCCUUUCCCUUUCAAGAACACCUGAUGUAAUUAAAGGUCUUUACUGAAACUCCGUGAUUCCGAUGGAAGCAUCAUGAGAAUAGAUAUAAAACUUCCAGUUGUUUUAAUUUUGUAUAUUGAAAUAAUGGAUGUGUGUCUAAUUACUGCUGUCAUUUCAGUAGAUAGCCUCAUUUUCCAUGUGAUAGGUAAAGCUCACACAGAAAAGAGUUGCCUAUUCUAAUAGUCUGUGUUUCAUUUGUCCUUAUGAACCUGAGGAAUUUUCAAGUGUUUUAUGUGCCCUUACUUUGCUCAGUGGUUGCCUCAAAGCACUCUCCAUUAAUUUCCUAUCCUAUUCCUUUCCAUUAGUUAAAAUAAAUAUUUUUUUCCUAAAAUCACAUUUCUCUAAAACAAGGAGUUCUGUUUUGCAACUACAGCAAGAGGUAAAGGAAAAAGGUAGGAAAAAAACCCCAAAGAUUAAUUCAACAUAUACGAAAGAUUGAGCAAUUUUUACUAUCCUUGUUGGUAAUAUUAGGUAAGAGAUAAUGCUUACCCUUCUAGAGUCAAUGCACUGGUUAAACUUAAAUUCUGUAAAUACUAUAAAAUUCAGUCUAUGCUAAACUAUACAGCAUCCUGAAUAUUGUUUCUGCAUGUAAAACUUCACUGUUUUUGUUUAUGCAUAAUUGAAAAAUGUGCUCUCCACAAUCAGCAGAUAUUUUUGUUUUAUCAUGUUAUUUUGAAAAAUAGUUCUCCAUAUAUUGUUAAAUAAAAAUGGAAUUAAAUAUUUGAAUUGAUAAACCUGUGGAAGGCUGUGGGCUCAGGGACACGUAACUGAUGUUACUGAAGAAAAGUUUUUACUUGUUUGCCAAAAUGAUUUCUGAAGUGCUGUAGAAAUAUUUCUUCUUUGUAAAGCUGCAGUUACAAAAAAGUUGCACUAAAAUUUUUUUUAUGGAAUAGCAGUAAAAUGAAAUGGCAUUCCACUUCUACCAUUUUUUCCCUGUGUUUUCACCCCUUCCUCUGCCCGAAACUAUAGUACAAAAUAUGGGUGACCAAAUCAAUGUUACUGAAGUGCAGAUUUUUUUUUUCCUUUGAGGAAUGCUGUUCGUUAAAAUGAUCACUUCAAUCUGACUACUUUCAUUUAAGAGGCAAAGGAGCCUAGGAGUAAGCCAAGAAGUGGAUUGACAGCGAAGAAGAAAAAAUGGAAAUGUGUCAUCUAAAAAGCGCUAAGUUCUCUAAGGCAACUGUUGCUAGUGUCUGGAGACCACGUUUGCAUCCCCUUUGUUGUCUCUUACUAGUACCUUCAGAGAGUGAUGAGUAAAUGACAUCCUUGGACAGGAGGGUUGUAACUCCCCCUACAUGGCUGGAGGAGGAGCAGUUGCAGCAAUUUUUGGUUACAGUGUAGUGGGCCUUACUGAAUUACUCGGCAGUUUCUUGAAUCCGAUUGUGGUGGCUAAAGGCUCUAACAAAACAGAUCUGAAUAUAGACUACAGAAAAAUAAAGUUUCUGCCUGCAACUGUCCACAAAUUAAGACUUAAAAGCAAGCAAGGGACUUUAUUCUGGGGUUUGUUUUGUAGGAGGGCUUUCUCCCUUUUGAAAAAAAAAAAUUUUUUUUUGAGUGACUACUUUUCUGACCUUUAUGAUCGGCCGUUGUUUAAGGGGCUGCAUAUACAAUGCAGUAAUUUCUUUCUGUAGAAUAGCUCAUAGUGCAUGAUAUGCCCUCAUUCUGUAGGGUAACUGCUUUAAAUGUUGCUUUUAAGUGAUUAAACACAAAACCUGUGUUCUGUUGGUGUAUGUUGCAAAUAUUCUAAGAGAUACUUUCUGAAUGUACAAUUUUUUGCACAUUUUGGUUUCCUUUCUUGUUUUCUUUUCUCAGAAUUUACUUACCGCAGCACCGCUGUAGAGGUCAGCACCAUUCUCAUUUUCUGAGACUAUGUCAUUCUGUGAGCAGAUAAUGCAGAAACAAACAGGGCAAGCGUGUUGUGUAACAAUUGACUUGUUGAUUACUUCAAACACUUUUUAAUACCACCAUCCAACCCUCAUAGUAGGCCUAAUGUCACAACUGCAUAGAAAGUCUCAUUCUAGCUGACUGGAACCUCUGUGGAUAUGAUCACUCACUGCCAAUCGCUAAUCAGUUAUGGCUGCUGUGGAAUACGCUGGAUAAAUAUUUAUAGCUUGGUGCUUUGGGAUUUGUAAAACCUCAGACUCAACUGUGCUGUCACUGCUAUAAUUUUGCAGGCUUCUUCACAAACAUCUAAUCAGAAAUCUUUUAAGGGAGUUUAUUGUAGCCUUAGCUUUGAAAACCAACAGGUUGUGAGUGGACGUCAAAUUUCUUUCUUGUAGAAAUGAAAGUUUGCAGAACUUUUUCUAAAAGGAUAUCUUGAAAAUAUCCUAUGUUAACUUAGAAGGAGAAAUGAAAACAAAUUUCUAGUUAUCUUUAAUUCUAUACUACAAUCAAAAAACUAUUUUUGAGGUGUGCUAUAUAGGAAUUUUCUGUUCUGUCAAGUUUGCCAUUCUGACAAGUUUGUAAUAAAUAGCAGGUGUCAAACAACAUGAAAAAUAAAUGGAGAAAUAAAUGGGGUA